AUGAGUUCACAAAACCCGUAUUAUAACCAAGUGCAUCCAUCCAGACAUCAUACAGAUCCAGAAUAUAACAACUAUGUUAAUAAUCCUAACCAAUCAAGUGCAUUAUCAGUUGAAAGUUUACGUAUGGACAAUCUGAGAAUAAGCGACGAUGGUGCCAAUUUAACACCCAACCGUUCAAACUCAGCACCAAUUAAUAAUACAAGUAAUUUACAUGAAACACAGUCCAUUCGUUCAAUACGUUCAACACACUCAAUACGCUCUCAACAUCAAGAUAGAACAGCAUCUCCCCGUCCUUCCUCGAAUCAAGAACAACUGUUGUCACCACCAAUAUCACAUUCUUCUACUACUAAUCUAGCAUAUACUGAAACGUAUUAUCAGGGAGGUUAUUAUAACGAACAAUAUUACGAUCAAUCUGGGGUUCAUGAACAAGUUUAUAAUUAUAAUGAGCAUCAAGAAUAUCCACCAGUGGAUGGAUACUAUGCAGGAGAAAUUCCGCCUCAAAAUCUUCAUUAUGAUCCUAAUUCAUACUAUAACCCUAAUAAUUAUCCACAAGAAUAUCCACCAUCGCAAGAAUAUCCACCUAUUGAUAAUUAUCAAAUUGACGAAUAUGGUAAACCAAUAUAUUACGACAACUACAAUAAUAAUUUACCACCACCACCACCACACCAACAAUUCCUCAAUAUAGAUAAUAGAAUGUCAGGUCCACAAAGAACACCAUCAAACGUGAGUAGUAUAUCUAAAAAGAGUGAUUCAAAUAAAAAUGAAGAAAAACCUUCGUUCACACCAGAAGCCAUAGAAAAAUAUCGACAGAAAGCCAAAGCAAGCAAUAACCCAGCCAUUUUUCUAUCAUUUGCAAAAUAUUUGAUUGAAGCUUCUGGUGAGGCUAACGAGAAUGACCCGGAUCCUAGGAAUGCAAAAAAGAAAAAAGAUGAAUUGGUUCAAGAAGCAUUGAAGAUUAUUAAACGAUUAGCAACUCAAGGAAUGGGGUUUGGUCGACCUGCUUAUUCAGAGGCGCAAUUUUAUCUUGCAAAUUGUUAUGGUCACGGUUCUUUGGGUUUAGCAAAGGAUGAAGAUAAAGCAUUCAGUUUGUACAUACAAGCAUCCAAACAAAAUCAUGCGGGAGCAGCUUAUCGUACAGCUGUUUGUUAUGAAGUUGGAGCUGGUACUAAACGAGAUCCACAUCGUGCCACACAGUUCUUUCGUAAAGCGGCAGCUCUUGGUGAUACUGCUGCAAUGUACAAAUUUGGUAUGAUAUUGUUGUAUGGACUACUGUCCCAAAAUCCAAAUCCUCGCGAAGCAAUAAUAUGGUUGAAACGAGCUGCAUCAAAUGCAGAUGAGGAGAAUCCACACGCAUUACACGAGUUAGGUUUGUUACAUGAGAAACCCGAGGAUAAGCCACCAGUAAUCCCAUCAUUAAUUAGAAGUGAAAAACAUGCUAUAGAAGAAUUUAAAAAGGCAGCAGAUCUUGGGUAUGCGCCUUCUUGUUUUAAAUUGGGAUCUUGUUAUGAGGAUGGGCUAUUGGGAUGUCUGAAAGACCCACGGCAAUCAAUCAGAUAUUAUUCACGAGCUGCAGAGAAAGGUGAUCCGGACGCCGAACUGGCAUUAUCUGGCUGGUAUUUUAGAGGGGUAGAAGGUGUUCUAAAAAAAUCAGAUACUGAAGCUUAUUUAUGGGCACGUAAAGCUGCUGAUAAAGGACUUGCAAAGGCAGAAUUUGCAGUUGGGUAUUAUUAUCAACAUGGUGUUGGCGUACAAUCAAAUCUUGAAGAAGCAAGACGUUGGUAUAUGCGUGCAGCAGCUCAAGGAAAUAAAAGAGCAAUGACUUAUCUUACUGAAUUAAAAAAAAUGGGAAGUGCAAGUCGUUUAAGACCUACAAAACAUACCAAAGAUCAAGCGACUAAAGAAGAUUGUAUUAUAUGUUAG